AUGAGGAACAUGUUUAGGAUGAAGCUAGAUUUCAACACUUCGUACAGAGCUUUGUUAUCUGCACAAGAGUUGGUGAGAGGAACAACAGAAGAUGGAUAUGCGAAUCUGUAUUCUUAUUUCCGUCAGAUCGAGAUAUCGAAUCCGGGAACUGUCACAUGUCUUGAGAAAGAUGGUGAAAACAAAUUUAAGUAUAUAUUCCUAUCUUUUGGAGUUUCGAUUGCUGGUUUUACCUAUCGUAGGAGGGUUAUUGUGGUGGAUGGGACUCAUCUAUGUGGGAAGUAUGAAGGAGUUAUGCUAGUUGCGGCUGUCCAAGAUGUUUCUGACAUGCACGGUUCCAUUAAGAAGGCGUGUGAGAAAGUUUUCCCUUGGGCAAGGCGAGAAAUAUGCUAUUAUCAUCUACAACAGAACAUAGUCCAAAAGUUCAAGGAAAAUCACAUGUUGUACUUGGUCAAAGGCGCUGCUUAUGAACAUACGCUUUUCGAUUUUAACCGAUACAUGGAUGAGAUACGGAGUAUAAACCCCAACCUUGAAACAUAUUUGGAGAAUGCUGACGUCUCAUUAUGGUCACGAAUUCAAUUUCAAGGUGACAUAUACAACAUAAAGACUAGCAACAUCGCAGAAUCUAUCAACUCUGCACUUAAGCCAGCCAAAGGAUUCCCAGUCUCAUUCCUUCUAGAAUUUAUACGCGAGAAGCUAGGAAGGUGGUUCUUUAAAAGGAGAGAAGAUGCUUUGAGUCUCACUUCACAUCAUAAUCGGGGAGUUGAAAAUGUGUUGGCUAUUCGUGAAGAGAGGUGUCAAUGUGGUGUGUUUGAUAUUGAGAAGAUACCUUGUUCACAUGCCAUUGCAGCUGCAAAGGAUGCAAAUAUUCAUGUCUCUACGCUUGUAUGCCCAUCCUAUUCAAAGAAUUAUCUUUAUGAAGCAUACGCGGCAAAUUUAUAUCCCAAAAGUGACGUAUUGGAAUCUCCCAACACUGAUGGCACAUCACCUGCCAAUGAAGAAGGAGCUCCCAACACUGAUGACACAUCACCUGCCAAUGAAGAAUGUUCUAAUGCACAUAAAUGUCUUCCUCCAGAUGUCAAGCGUGGUCCGGGUAGGCAAAAGAAGUCGAGGUGGCAGUUUUGGCUAGAAAUUUCCAGGAUGAGGGAAAACAAACCGCGAAAAUUGCACAAGGAUUAUAGUUGCUCCUAG